AUGGACAAACAGAUCCUUCGGGGCUGGACUACAUCACACGGCAGGUUUGGAGCAGAGGCAGGAGGUUGGCCUCGACGGCCGGAGAUUCCGGGUAUUGACCCGAGUAAAAGCCAACCUCACCAUUGUGGCGAAAUGCCAUCAUUGAGUCACGGCCCCAGCAGCGAUUCUGGCAGCAUGGAAGGUCAGGAUCCUCGCCGCACUGAAUGGCGACCAGCUUGCGGCGGCUGCCACGCACCACGUGCAGCCUCCAUCCCGAGAGCACGUGCUUCCAGAGCAGCAAGCGGAUCUCGGGGGGAGAAGGCCGAUCAGCGGCGACUGAUGCUGAUCAAGCGUGCGUUGCGGGGUGGUCUCGUUGCGAAUGAGUCUCCUGAACCUGGCAGUCCUGGAUUUGCCAUGCUUGCUGUCUGGCAAGGGGGGCGUGAUGGCCCGCGGUCGUUGCUCCGGCAGUGGCUCCGGAGCGUGUCUCUUUCGCACCUUGUCGAUGCGAGUACCAUGGUCGUCUUCCCAGGGCCAGACAAUCAGUUUCUUAGUCAUGCUGCCGCUAUGCUUGCUGGCGUUGAUUUAUCCUGGAGUAGUGGAAGGAGAGGCGUGGCAGUGCAGGCGAUCGCCGGAGUGCAGGCUGUAAGACUGGCCCCACGUGAUAGCACAGCCUGCCAAACCUUUCUUUCGCCAACGGUCAAAUUUAGCAGAGUGCAAAAACGAAAAGCAGUCCGCCAGAGAAAGAGAACAAAGACAUCUACAAGUGUUGAUCCACGGAGAGGCCCGGUUGCCGAGGAAAGUCGGAUGCAGUCAUGUCGGCUCCUCAGCAAGCGGAAAUCCGUCAUGUUACAGUCAAAGAAUGCUUGCCUCGGACAUAGCAGUCCGUCUAUAAAGCGUGUCGUGAUGAGAAUGAAGCUCCUCAUCGCCAACGUUCUUACCUUUAUCAUGGCUGGUAUACGUAGCUCCCAUGCGUGGUACCUGGACGACUCUUGCAAGAAUACCAAACCGCGAGACUAUCAAAGCCUGAUCACCGAAGGCAUGGUCAGUGCCUUCGACAUGGCGCAGGCCGGGGCCGAUGCCAUGCAGGCGCUUCGUGACGGGUUAACACACGCUCUGACACCUUCAAGAAGGUUGAAGAGAACUUUCAGAAUGUUCUUGCGUUCAGGAAGAAUCCAGAUGGCUCGCCUUUGGAGCUGGCGGAGGGCGCAGAACCAGAAAAGAGGACUUCAUCAACCGAGCCCGCGCUGCAAGCAUCCGCCAGUUUCAAGUGUCGAGUCCAAUACUGGAACCACGUUGACCAAUACUGCAACCAUAUUGACCAAUGCUGCAACCACAUUGACCAGUACUGCAACUACAUUGACCGAUACCGCAACCACGUCAACCGAUCCUACAUCCACUUCGACCGAUCCUGCAACCACGUCGACACUCACCAGCUCGGGCCAGACACAGACAGCAUCAACAUCAAUCACAAACACAACAGGGGCCGCUCCAAACUAUGACCGGUUCGACCGGAGCAAUGAUUGGCUGCAGGUGCAGCAAUCGGGCCUUGCCGCUCUCGCCAACGACACGGAGCCUGAAGUGACUUGGAUUAGCACUUCUACGUCCACAAGCCUUCCCUCUGCGAGUUCUUAA